GAGGGGCACGGGGCUCGACCACGCAGCUGCCGCUUCUGUUACCUUCCUCCCAUGGUCUCCUUCCGGUUCUCGAUGCUUCUCUAAGCCUAAGGGUUUCCGCCACUCGGCUACCCUUCCCCCAGCCCUUGACCCGCCUCUGUCCCCCGCCCUCCCAGUCCAAUCUCCGGGCUGUUUAGUAAUAAGGUGCUGUUCCGAAAAGAGGGAGAAGCCGGCGGCACAAACUCCCUCGGCCGCAGACGUGGGAAGUAAACCGUCUUCCUUCAGCCUUAGCUGCGCGCGGUGCUCGCGACGGCGGCGUUGGCGGACUGAUCCGCGGCGGUGAAGAGGCAGGAGGGGGGGAGGGGCGGAGCGUGGCAGCUGGCAGUAGUUCCGUCAGAGCGGACAUCUUGUGGCUGUGUCGUGCGCGUGAGCCCCGUAGGGCCGGGGAGGCACCAGCUGCCGCGCGGGGAGGCCGAGGCCGCAGCUUGAGGGAGGCCCCGGCCCCUCUGCGCCUGUGUCUGGCAGAGCCGGUGGGAGACGAGACAGUCCUCCUCCGUCGCCCGGAUAAUCAAGAGUUUUGGCCGGACACUUGAGCACACACCGAGAUACAGUGAGGAGCCAGGCGAAAAGCACAGACUAUGGCGCUGAAACGGAUUAAUAAGGAACUUAGUGAUUUGGCCCGGGACCCUCCAGCACAGUGUUCUGCAGGUCCAGUUGGGGAUGAUAUGUUUCAUUGGCAAGCCACAAUUAUGGGACCUAAUGACAGCCCAUAUCAAGGCGGUGUAUUCUUUCUGACAAUUCAUUUUCCUACAGACUACCCCUUCAAACCACCUAAGGUUGCAUUUACAACAAGAAUUUAUCAUCCAAAUAUUAACAGUAAUGGCAGCAUUUGUCUCGAUAUUCUAAGAUCACAGUGGUCUCCUGCUUUAACUAUUUCUAAAGUUCUUUUAUCCAUUUGUUCACUGCUAUGUGAUCCAAACCCAGAUGACCCCCUAGUGCCAGAGAUUGCACGGAUCUAUAAAACAGACAGAGAUAAGUACAACAGAAUAUCUCGGGAAUGGACUCAGAAGUAUGCCAUGUGAUGCUACCUUAAAGUCAGAAUAACCUGCAUUAUAGCUGGAAUAAACUUUAAAUUACUGUUCCUUUUUUGAUUUUCUUAUCCGGCUGCUCCCCUAUCAGACCUCAUCUUUUUUAAUUUUAUUUUUUGUUUACCUCCCUCCAUUCAUUCACAUGCUCAUCUGAGAAGACUUAAGUUCUUCCAGCUUUGGACAAUAACUGCUUUUAGAAACUGUAAAGUAGUUACAAGAGAACAGUUGCCCAAGACUCAGAAUUUUUUAAAAAAUGGAGCAUGUGUAUUAUGUGGCCAAUGUCUUCACUCUAAUUUGGUUAUGAGACUAAAACAUUCCUCACUGCUCUAACAUGCUGAAGAAACCGUCUGAGGGGGGGGGAGAUGGAUGCUCAGUUGUCACAUCCAGGAAGCAGCAUUAUUCUAGCAGCAUCCAUUCUUGUUUGAGCCUUCCACUGUUAGAGAUUUGAGGUUACAUGAUAUACUUUAUGCUCAUAACUGAUGUGGCUGGAGAAUUGGUGUUGAAUUUAUAGCAUCAGCAGAACAGAAAAUGUGAUGUAUUUUAUGCAUGUCAAUAAAGGAAUGACCUGUUCUUGUUCUACAGAGAAUGGAAAUUGGAAGUCAAACACCCUUUGUAUUCCAAAAUAGGGUCUCAAACAUUUUGUAAUUUUCAUUUAAAUUGUUAGGAGGCUUGGAGCUAUUAGUUAAUCUAUCUUCCAAUACACUGUUUAAUAUAGCACUGAAUAAAUGAUGCAAGUUGUCAAUGGAUGAGUGAUCAACUAAUAGCUCUGCUAGUAAUUGAUUUAUUUUUCUUCAAUAAAGUUGCAUAAACCAAUGAGUUAGCUGCCUGGAUUCAUCAGUAUGGGAAACAAUCUUUUGUAAAUGCAAAGCUGUUUUUUGUAUAUACUGUUGGGAAUUGCUUCAUUGUUUGACAUCAAAUGAUGAUGUAAAGUUCAAAAGAGUGAAUAUUUUGCCAUGUUCAGUUAAAGUGCACAGUCUGUUACAGGUUGACACAUUGCUUGACCUGAUUUAUGCAGAAUUAAUAAGCUAUUUGGAUAGUGUAGCUUUAAUGUGCUGCACAUGAUACUGGCAGCCCUGGAGUUCAUAGAUGGACUUGGGACCCAGCAGUUUUGAAACGUGUAUAUGGAGUUUAAAAAGUUUAUUUUCCAGGUGCAGCCCCCGUCUAAAAUUUCUCUUCACCUUGUACACUUGACAGCUAGGGAAAAAAAAACCAUAACAUGGGAGUGAUAAUGGGUCAAAAUUUACAAAAUAAAGUACUGUCUUGGUGUGGGAGUUGUCAUGAGGCUGUGUUGAAGUGACUUAUCUAUGUGGGAUAUUGAGUAUCCAUUGAAAUGGAUUUGUUCAGCCAUUUACAUUAAUGAGCAUUUAAAUGCGACAGAUCAUUUCAGGUGACUUAACAUGAAUGAAUAAAAGUCAAUGCUAUUGGAUUAUU